UUUGUCAGCAGGAGGGCUGGGUCACUCUGAACAAUGGAACCAGGAUCCAAAGAUUCACACCAGCAACCCCUCAGCACAGCCCCGGGAUCACACAGCGGGCGGUGAGGCACACGCAGCCAGGGUCCAGUUACCCAGAGACAGAGACAGAGACAGAGAGAGAGAGAGAGACAGAGACAGAGACAGAGAGAGAGAGAGAGAGAGAGAGAGAGAGAGAGAGAGAGAGAGAGACAGAGAGAGAGAGAGAGAGAGAGAGAGAGAGAGACAGAGAGAGACAGAGAGAGAGAGAGACAGAGAGAGAGACAGAGACAGAGACAGAGAGAGACAGAGAGAGAGAGACAGAGACAGAGAGAGAGAGAGAGAGAGAGAGAGACAGAGACAGAGAGAGAGAGAGAGAGACAGAGAGAGAGAGAGAGAGACAGAGAGAGACAGAGAGAGAGAGAGAGAGACAGAGACAGAGACAGAGAGGGAAAGAGAGAGAGAGAGGGAAAUAGAGACAGAGACAAAGAGAGACAAAGAGAGAGAGAGAGAGAGAGAGAGAGAGAGAGAGAGAGAGAGAGAGAGAGAGAGAGAGAGAGAGAGAGAGAGAGAGAGAGAGAGAGAGAGAGGGACAGAGGGAGCGAGUCGAGCGACAACAGAAGUGCGUGAGAGACAGAGGGAUCGACUGCUGGAGAGGAGCAAGAGAGCGAGCUUGACGGCAGCAGAGGCGUUUGGAAGUCCAGCGGAGCAAAGCAGAGCGGUGGGAAGGAGCAGGGGGGCGACCCAGCAGCGAGGGGCCGGGGGCCGCAUCAUGCCGGCGGACACCCAGCAGCCGAGAGACACCACUGACCCACUGAACCCUCUGCAACAAGCGGUUCUCCGCCCGGGCCGACACAGGAAGCCCAUGACGCCCCACCGGAACACGGCGUCCAAGAGGAAGAGGGUGGUGCUGACGGUGCUGACCGUCAUCGUCGUGCUGGGGAUACUGGUCACAGCCGGCUACUUCAUCAAGCAGCUGAUUGACACCAAGUACUACUUCUGCAAGCGCUCCAUCAAGUUCAUCCCGCUGGACAAGGCCUGCGAUGGGACCAGCGACUGCACCGACGGAGAAGAUGAGCUCACGUGCGUCUCCUCCUUCACAGACAACACCACCUUUCCAGUGCGCCUCAUCACACCGGCCGGCGUUCUGCAGGUGUACAACGAAGGCGCCGGCUGGAGGAGUGUGUGCGGCGACGACUGGACCGAGAAGCACACGGCGACAACGUGCCAGCAGCUGGGAUACACACAGAACCCCCAGAGGACCGUUCUGUCAGUGACGGCCUUGGGGGCCUCCCUGAGCAAGGGGCCCUUCACAGCAGUCCAGUCCGGGACCGGAACCAGUCCCAUUCAGACGGCCACCAUCGACCGCACGGAGUGCAGAACCGGACAAGUAAUAUCACUCACCUGUUCAGACUGCGGCCAGGGAGGAUCCGAGGAGCGCAUCGUGGGCGGGACGGACGCCCUGAUCCAGGACUGGCCGUGGCAGGUGAGCCUGCAGCAGAACGGACAGCACACCUGUGGCGGCUCGCUGGUGUCCCCGCGAUGGGUGGUCUCUGCGGCCCACUGCUUCACAGGGACUAAGAGGGAGGUGGGCCGCUGGCGGGCGGUGACGGGGAAGACGUACAUGAGCAGCCUCGGGGGCGCAACCGUCGACCGCAUCGUCAAGAACGGGCGCUACGGCGGCAACGACUACGACAUCGCCAUGGUGAGGCUCAGCAGCCCCCUGAGCCUGGGAGAGGGCCGCCGGCCGGUCUGUCUGCCUCCCAAAGACCUGGGUCUCAUAGCAGGAAGCACCCUGGUGGUGACGGGAUGGGGGUACUUGGAGGAGAAAGGGAAGACGUCCGCGUCGCUGCAGAAGGCGAGCAUCCCCCUGAUCAGCAGAGAGAAGUGCUCCAGCCCCGCCAUCUACGGCUCCAACAUCACGCCCAGGAUGAUCUGCGCAGGCCUACUGCAGGGGGGGGUGGACGCCUGCCAGGGCGACAGCGGCGGGCCUCUGGUGCGCCUCUCCUCGUCCCGGUGGUGGCUGGUGGGUGUGGUGAGCUGGGGGGUGGGCUGUGCCAGGCAGGGGAGGCCGGGGGUCUACAGCAACGUGGACCAGCUGCUGAACUGGAUCCACAGCGUCAUGGAGGAGAACCAAUAAGGAGGGCCGAUGAACUCACGGAACAGAGGGACGUUUCUUCCACGGAGAACAAACCAUGCCAAAUGACUCCUGUCCCAAAGCUAUUACCAUUACAUAUGCAAGUCCACGCUGACACACACAGACACCCCCUCCUUCACCCUAACCCUGGGUUAGAUGAUCCUCAGGUGACACACACAGACACCCCCUCCUUCACCCUAACCCUGGGUUAGAUGAUCCUCAGAUGACACACAGACACCCCCUCCUUCACCCUAACCCUGGGUUAGAUGAUCCUCAGGUGACACAGACACCCCCUCCUUCACCCUAACCCUGGGUUAGAUGAUCCUCAGAUGACACACAGACACCCCCUCCUUCACCCUAACCCUGGGUUAGAUGAUCCUCAGGUGACACAGACACCCCCUCCUUCACCCUAACCCUGGGUUAGAUGAUCCUCAGGUGACACACAGACACCCCCUCCUUCACCCUAACCCUGGGUUAGAUGAUCCUCAGGUGACACAGACACCCCCUCCUUCACCCUAACCCUGGGUUAGAUGAUCCUCAGGUGACACACAGACACCCCCUCCUUCACCCUAACCCUGGGUUAGAUGAUCCUCAGGUGACACACAGACACCCCCUCCUUCACCCUAACCCUGGGUUAGAUGAUCCUCAGGUGACACACAGACACCCCCUCCUUCACCCUAACCCUGGGUUAGAUGAUCCUCAGAUGAGGCCCUUUGCCGUUUCAGGCCUCCAACAUCUCAGGGGAUGACCAACAUGUACUGUCAGUGGUCUCUACCACCCAGACUUUCAGCCACUAUUUACUGUGAAGAUAGGCCUAUUGGAUGCUUUAAUAAGUCCAUUAUUGUAAACAUUUUAAAUGUCCACCAAGAAGCGCUGUCAUACCAUAUUGUAACACAUUUCUUGCACUUUCUGUUCCUCUUGCGUGAUCGCUAUUCAGUAAAAUGUCUCCACUUGAGCACUUUAAGGGACUGAAGUAGGCCUUUUGGUGCUUCGCUUUGAUGUUUCUAAACAAGGAUGUCCAAGCCUUAAGUACCUAGCCUUGAGGACCUAGCCUACAGUACCUAGCCUUGACGACCUAGCCUACAGUACCUAGCCUUGAGGACCUAGCCUUCAUCCUUGAGGACCUAGCCUUGAUCCUUGAGGACCUAGCCUUGAUCCUUGAGGACCUAGCCUUGAUACUUGAGGACCUAGCCUUGAUACUUGAGGACCUAGCCUUGUAGGAGUCACUGGUUGUAAAUAUAAAACCUGAUGAGAUUUGCAGCUGAUUGUGAUCUUUAAUUCAAAGGUUAAUUCAAAGGUUAUUUCAAAGGUUAAUUCCAUUAUUGAGUCGUUAGGAUCUCUUUGUGAUCAACCAAUGGGAUGGUUUGUAACGUUUUGCACACAUUUAUCGUCGUGCUGAACAUGUUUUUGUUAUUGAAAAGAUGUUUGGGCUGGAAGACAUCAAACAGUCGCUCAUCUCUUUCUUCCUAUCUGUGUAUAGUGUGCUGGGGUUAUUUUGUGCUUUUGUAAAUGUUACUAUGGAUGUGACACUUCAGUUUGUUAAUAAAACAAAAUAUAAAAAGUUGCGUGCACUCCUUUAAUAAACUUGGAAUAUAAUAUCCUGUAAUUUCCAAAAUUAGCUUUUCAGUCCGCUAGACUUAAGACUAAUUAGACAAGAACACUCAAAGCCUUUUUCUUAGGAGUAAGCUUAAGUAUUUUAUUGAAGCAAUGACAUCCUAUUCAGAAUGCUUUUGAUUUUCAACUCUGUGCAAUAUAAAAUGGUUCUUUGAAAUAUUAUGUUUAGAACAAUACUAUGAAGUACCUCCUACAUAUGAAAGACUCUUAAGGUAUUCAGGAAUCUUAAGAUAGAUAUGAAAAUCCUCAAAAUAAUUCACAGCUCCAUGUUCAAAGAAUGCAGUUCAGUAACUGUUACAUGAACUCCAAACUUAGAAAGAUGGGGAUGUGAAUAUAGGAAUAACAAACGUUUUUAUUUGUAUAAAAUGCCUUACAAAACAUGCAAACAGCUCUUAUGAAAUCUUCGCUCGCAUUAUAUUAAUCUAGAUUAAGGAUAAGUGGUUUGAAGAAAAAAAUAUGAAUGAAGGAUGAUUUAUGAAAACGUGUGUCACCGUUGUCUCGCUGCUAGUCUCCAGAUAUAGAAACCAUCCCAGAAAUAUACAAGUACUCAACUUAAAGGCCAGGCAAUAUUUAAGGCAAGCGUCUUUCAAAUGGGUUGAUCUGAGGUGCUAUACCCCAGAUCAACUCACCUCACUAAGCCGAGAUCUAUACCUCACUCAACCCAGAUCAACUAACCUCACUCAACCACAGAUCAACUAACCUCACUCAACCCAGAUCAACCACAGAUCAACUAACCCCAGAUCCACUAACCUCACUAACCCCAGAUCAACUAACCCCAGAUCCACUCACCCCAGAUCAACCCAUUUGACCUGGUUCUACUAACUAUCUGCAUAGUUACUGGUGAGCUUAAAGUCUUAAAGUAUUUGAAC